UUGGUUGAUGAUAAUAAAAGGAAUAUUACUAGGCUCAUUUGGACUUAACGCAUACGUAUCCUCUACCUAUAUUUAUUCACACUGGGAAGAGCUGGUAGUAAUCUUACGUGACAAGCAUAGUUUGAGCAGAGUUAAUAGAAAGUAAAAUCUAAAAAUACCGUUAAAAUCUGAACUUUUAUUGGAUUUCAUUCGUAUAAAUUGUUUGGAGUCGAUUGUUGGCUUUAUAUCCUUAGAUUGUCAUUUACAUUGAAUGCCGACAGUUCUUUCCAUGUUUUUAUGGUAAAAGCAAAAGUUCUGCUCAUUAAAAAAAGCCAGCCUUAGUGCAAUACUUGUCUUGAAUUGACAGCCAAACCUUUGUAAGGUCAAGUCUAAAAAGAAUUCGUCUCGCCGAUUCACAAAUAUACCCAAAGCUUUUAUUCUCGGUGCUUUUGUCUAAUGGAAUUACCAAAACAUCAAUACUCAAAAUCAAGGCCGUCGGAUAAACGCUCGCAACAGCGGUCAAAAUCCUCUCAGUCAACGGCUCCCCCAACAACUUUGCAAAAGGGUGUUUCGUACUGGUCUAAGGUACUCGCGUUUACGACCUGGAGCCUUUUUGAGAGCAACCCUUCCAAUCCGUUUGUCAAUCCUGUGAGCCGUUUCUUAAGAAGUUUAUCCCAUCCCUUUAUACGACCGCAGUUAACUCCAACUAAUUUCGGCAAUUGGAUUACUUCCCAUAUCCAUCAUGAGCCUUUCUUGUCAACUUCGUUAUCGGAGAGUCUUUUGCGUGAAAUUCCCGGCAAUACCGAUACCCCGUAUAGUCUGCUUGAUGGAUAUGAAGUAUCGAAAACAAAAUCAGAUAGUUUAUCUUUAAAAGCAAAAAAACAAGAAGAAGCUACUUUUGAUUUGAAACAGCUAUCGCAAAGUUCAAAUAGAAACCAGGCAGCAACUGAUGACACUACUCCUACUUCCCAACACCGAUUCCUAGUCGAUUACUGCAAAAAGCUACAUGUGCGUAGAAACGUACACACAAGUGAACUUACGCAAAUUGAUGCCGAGCUAUCAAAGUUGCAUUCACGACGUCGACAAAUACUCAACAAGUUGAACCAUGCGGAGGAUAAAUGUUUGGAAUUUGACGCCCAAUUAACUUCCUUAGAGAAAACAAUUCUAGAGGUUGAUUCCAAAGAGCUGAUAGAUGACUAUGCUCAAGGGAAUGUCUCCCAAGAUCCUACGACUGCAACAGGUGCAUUUCAAUACAACUCUGACAAUUCUGAAAAAUCAACGGGUGUUAAUAAAGAGCCACCCUCAGGCGCUGCUUCUGUUUCUAAUGAUUUAGCUUCAGAUUAUUUAGAUUUUCCUGCUGCGGCAGCUAGCGAAGAAAAUCAAAAACACGAACAGCCGGCCACCCUAAGUCUUAUAUCAGGAACUCCAGUAAAACAAUUUCAAGCACAUUCUUCUCCUAUAACUAGUCUAGACUUUUCUCAUCCCUUUGGCAAUCUCGUCACCGCGUCUUUAGACAAAACUGUCAAGGUCUGGGACAUGGCUGGUGUCGUCUGUUUAGGACAAUUGGAGGGUCAUGAGGAUUAUGUUUCUUGUUUGGCCAUGCAGGAUUCCUUUAUUGCUUCUGGAUCAAUGGACUCUAGUGUACGUUUGUGGAACUUGGAAAAUGGAAUCUUGCAGAAUACAGAAAAAGAUUCCUCUUCUAAUGAACUUGAUGGUAAUGAUGAAAGCCCACAAAAUCAUACGACUGAUAAUGCUACCACUGUUCUAUCUUCUCAUACUGGUCCUGUUACCGCUCUUACUUUGUCUUCUGAUGAUGUUUUACUUAGUGGUGCUAAUGACAAAACGGUCCGCCAGUGGGAUAUCGUUACUGGUAGAUGCAUCCAAACAUUAGACUUUGUCUGGGCUGAUACACAAGAUCCGUCUCCAAAAUUAACUCCAUUAAAUGACUCUGCUUAUUCCAUCGCAAAUGAGCCAUUUAUACGCGCUUUGGACUGUUUAGAUGCUGCUGUUGCUAGUGGUACUGUAGAUGGUCUUAUUCGCAUAUGGGAUCUAAGAGUUGGCUUACCUGUGAGAAGUUUUUUCGGACAUACCGCUCCAGUUAGUACCCUUCAAUUUGACUCUAACUAUCUUUACUCGGGAAGCUACGACAACUCUGUACGUAUUUGGGAUUUACGUAGUGGAUCUCCUUUGGAUAUAAUUCCAAUGGAAAAGCGUGUAUCUUCUUUGAGAGUAUGCGAAGGUAGACUGGCUGUUGCCUCCGAAGAUCCAAGUAUGCGCAUUUUCGAUGUGAACUCGCAUCGUACAUGGAUUUGCAGUGACUAUCCCCAAAAUGUUUUGAACAAUAGUGUACUCGGUGAGGUCACUCCUACUUAUCUUCAAUACAGAGAUCGAUUUUUGGUUGAUGGUAAAACCGACGGAUCCGUUAGUAUAUUUUCGGCUUAAGGUAUUAUGUAUAUUUAUCUGCAUUAUUCAUGCUUAUUUAUUAAUGUUCCAAACUGAUUUAGAUAACUUGUUUAGUAUGUCAAACAGAAUCUACACACGAAACUUGCUUUGCGUUCUUUUUUUUUAUUUUUUACACUCUCCUCUCUCCAGGUUCCGUUAGAAUUAGGGUAAUAGAAGCUUAGCAGUCAUAUAUCUUGUUAGUAUGCUGCUCGGGUUUUUAUGAUAGUUAUGGUUUUAAUAUGUUGACAAACGUAUAAAAACGUGUUUGCAGUUCAAUCACGAA